AUGACGAUAGACCCUUUAACAGCAAUUGCUGUUGGCUAUGCUACUAAAAAGAUAUUUUUUAAAAAAAAAGAAAACCCAAACUACACCAGUAACACCACUGUUAGCUACACCGUUAUAAAUCCAACCACAACCAUAGUUCCUACAAGCUCCAGUCCAGCCAGAGUUCUUAUAAGCUCCAAUCCAACCAGAGUUCCUAUAACCUACAAUCCAACCAGAGUUCCUACAAACUCCAAUCCAACCAAAGUUCCUACAA